AUGUUUUCCUCGCACCAGCCCGUCCUCCAACCCGGCGCCGUCAUCCUCGUGACGGGCGUCUCCGGCUUCAUCGGCAGCCACGUUGCCGACCAGCUCCUCGCCGCGGGAUAUACCGUCCGCGGGACGACGCGCGACGCGGCCAAGAACGCCUGGCUCGCGGACAAGUUUGCGGAGAGGUACGGCAAGGGCAGGUUUGAGCUGCACGGCGUGCCGGACAUGGCUGCGGAGGAGGCCUUUGACCGUAUCCUCGACGGAGCAUCCGGCGUCAUCAACAUCGCCUCCGACACCACCUUCUCGCCCGACCCCCACGCCGUCAUCACGCCCAUCGUCGCCGGCACGCUGGCCCUCGCCCGCGCCGCCGCGCGCACGCCCUCGGUGCAGCGCUUCGUGCAGACCUCGAGCUGCGCCUCGGCCGCGAACCCCGGCCCCGGGCCCGACGGCGCGUACCCGACCGUCACGGCGCAGACGUGGAACGACGAGGCCGUGCGGCAAGCGUGGGCGCCGCCGCCGUACGAGCCCGCAAGGGGGUUCGCCGUCUACUCGGCGUGCAAGACGGAGGUGGAGAGGAAGCUGUGGGAGUGGUAUCGCGAGGCGAAGCCGGCGUUUGUGCUUAAUGCUGUGCUCCCGAGCAUGAACAUGGGCAAGAGCUUUGACGUGACGCAUCAGGGCCAUCCAUCCACGUCGGGCCUCGUCCAGGCGCUCUUCACGGGCAACCACGACGUCCUCGCCUCCGCCGCCCAAUACUUCUACAUCGACGUGCAGGACACGGCACGGCUGCACGUCGCCGCGCUGCUGCACCCCGCCGUGCGCGAGGAGCGCAUCUUCGCGUACGCGGGCCCCUACACGUGGCGCACGAUCCAGCAGACCAUGCAGAAGCUGUACCCGCGCCGGGCGUUCGCGCCCGACGUGGCGGACGCGCCGCUCGACGGGAGCGUCGUGCCGGGGACGGCGCGCGCGGAGGACCUGCUGCGGGAGAUGGGCCGCGAGGGGUGGACGAGCCUCGAGGACUGCGUGAGGAUGAACACGGAGGACCUGGCUGUGUAA